AUGGCUGAGUCGUCGUUAAUACCCGGCUUGACGGACGACGUGGCGGAGCUCUGCCUGUCGCGAAUCCCGCGCUGUGACUUCCGGAUCAUAUCUCAGGUCUGCCGGAGAUGGAGGACGUACCUCGAGAGCGAGCAUUUCACAGCCGUUCGAAAGUUGACAGGACCGGUGGAGGAGUUCCUGUGUGUUCUGAUGGAAGACAGCGCGUGGGGGGUAUCUUACUGGUUCGGGGAAGUUUUCGACGCCUCUGGAAACAAUCUGGGACAGAUCCCUCGCGUCCCUGGGACUUAUAAGUGGAGUUUCGGCCUCGCGGUGCUCGAUGGAGGUAAGAUCGUGUUCAUUGGUGGAUAUUAUAAUGAUCCCAUCUAUGAGGUUGAAGGAUUAGCUAUGGAAAGGACCCGUAUCUCUUCUUCGGCCGAUGUUUACGAGUUCGAUCCCGCGUUUAACAGCUGGAGAAAACUGGCGGCCAUGAACAUAGCACGUCACAACUUUGCAUUUGCUGUGGUGGACAGCCUUUUGUAUGUGCUCCGAGGCGAGGACUCAGAUCGCAAUCGCCUUCUCAGCGCGGAAGUAUAUAACCCGGAAACUAACCAGUGGAGGCUCAUGGAUUGUCCAAACCGCCCUGUCUGGGGUGACUUCGCAUUCUCCUUCAAGUCCAAACUCUACGUGAUUGAGAUAUAUGACCCCAAAACGGAGACAUGGGAAGAGUUAGACUCGGAUCAAACAGAGGAUGUGUACACCUACACUGUUAUUAGGAACAAAGUUUAUUUCCUUGAAAGACACACGCGGGGAAUGGGAGUGUUUGAUCUAGAGGAGAAUUCUUGGAGCUGGGUGUCUGCGCCUCCGGACCGGUACAGGGAUGAGUAUCGGUUCAGACUAGGGGAGUGGAACAAUGAGGUUAUUUUCAUUGGACGGACCGGAGGACGUAACGCCUUAAUCCGUAACCUUGAUAAUAAAGAGAAUGCGCGAAAGUGGAUAGCCACACCCAUUAAACCAUCUGGUGGUAGCUCGACCAACGUUCUCAUCAAAUUCUGA